AUGAACCUCGAAGAUACCAUGAUACCUUUUCCUGAAUCGACCCACUUACUAUCAGUUAAACCAUCUGAAGAAGACGACAUGGUCGCGGUCCCCGUUCUCCAAUCCGAAACCGAUACGUGGCUUCUCGAACCGGACCUGUCUCGCCGUCAGUUCUGGCCGUCAGAGUCCGCCAUCUGUCAGUUAACCGGCCGGUUGUCGAGCGGUUCGCCAACGGCUAGUCAGACGGGCGGAGUUGUCCACGUGGCGGAGGAGCUUCUGAACGGCUGCGGCCUCAUCCACGUGCUUCCCGUCAGCUCCCUGCACGGCUGCUCUAAAGCCGUCGCGAAUCGCGGCUGCUCUACCCGCGUCGCGAACCCUGGCUGUUCUAGUGUUGCGAACCCCAGCUGCUCUCUGAAACCUCUGCCAGCGUCGGAAGGUUCCAGUGUUCUUCUCCGUCAGUCUGCUGAGUCAACGAGACACGCGGGACAUAUCGACGUAGCGGAUGAGCCUGGCACCUGUGACGGGACGGCUGAUGAGCAUGACACGUGUGACGGCACAGCUGAUGAGCAUGACACGUGUGACGGCACAGCUGAUGAGAAUGACACGUGUGACGGCACAGCUGAUGAGCAUGACACGUGUUACGACGCAGCUGAUGAGCACAACAAAUGUGACGGCACAGCUGAUGAGCAUGACACGUGUCACGACGCAGCUGAUGAGCACGACACGUGUGACGGCACAAGUUCUGUCUUUCUCGAGUCAUCUGAGGAGCAGCAGACACCCGAGACUCUUGAGGGGUCAAUCGAGCAGCACCAGCAGCAGCAGGAGGAGGAGCAACAGAACCUGCAGCAGCACCAGCAGCAGCGUCAGCAGCGGCAGCAGCAGCAGAAGCAGCAGCAGCAGCAGCGGCAGCAGCAGCAGUCAGCAUCGCUUCCCCCCAUGGAAUCACCUCAGAGUGCAGGGAGCGCGGGGCGAGCAAUCAGGAGUCCCAGCGGACCGCUCACCAUGAGCCUUCGGAGCCGAGCCAAGGGGAACUCGAACUCGGGAGACUCUCCUCCUUUAGGUGCUCUGCUGAGUACACCCGUGGCAAGCGGUUCAAUCCCAAGCGAGUCAAUUUCAAGGGAUUUGACUCCACGCAAUGCAAUUUCACGAGAUUCCACUCCAAGAAAGAGGAUUCGCUCACGUGACAUUCCUUCUUCAGGAGCAGCGGUUGAGACGCGUCCAGUGCGGAGACUGCGGGUGCUUGUAGGUGGAGAUUCUGCAGAGGGGGCCAGUCAUGAUCAGAUGGAUUUGGAGAAAACAGGUCUUGAGGCUGUGACUGAACCGAGGAAGAGGGGGAGCAAAUGGUCGCAGAAAGCAGGAAGUUUGAAGGAGAUUAACCAGAAACUGCUUUCACCAAUUUCAAGGCGUCAGAUGGAUUUGAAAGAAGCUAGAACCCAUGCUGUUACUGAAUUGAAGAAGAGAGGGAGCAAUCGAUCUGGAAAAUCAGGAAGCCUGAAGGAGAUCGACGAGGAUUUGACUUCCCCAGUUCCCAAGCGCCAGUCAUUGAAUCAGUUAGCGACACGAAGGUCCGUCAGGUUCACGAGAAGCAAUCUGAGAUACGCUGAAGAGGAGGACGAGGAGGAAGAGGAGGAGCUUCAGGUUGCUGUAAAGGAGGUCAAGCAGGGGGUUAAGCAGCAGAAGGAGCUACAUGUUGGUGUCAAGCAGGGGAAGCGUCAAUAUGCUGCAGGCGAGUCCAAGCAGCAGGAGGUAGAUGUUGAGUUCCAGCCGGAGGAGCUUCAGGUUGCUGCUGUUCAUGUCAAGAGGGACGAGGUGAUUCAGGACGGUGCACUGAAGGUCAAGCAGGGGGUUCUGAAGGAGGAGGCUCCUGGAGAGGCCGCUGUUGCUGCAGGGAAAGAGAAUGUUGAGCCUGUGUCUGCUGAGCAGGUGCUAGGAAUGUCUGGAAAAAGAGGCGUGCUGCAGAAGCGGAAGCAGUCGUUCAAACACGAGGCCAGAGCUUGCCAGGGACAGAAACGGCCUCUGAAGCCAGAAGCAGCCGAGCAGAAAUGUGGACAAAACCAGAAGCGGGAGGUGAAGAAGACGAAGCGGGGUUUGCCCUCUGAAGCAGUGGCUGUGCUGAGGAGAUGGAUUGAAGACAACCCGCACCGGCUGUUUCUGAAUGCGAGCGAGAAGGUUGAUCUGGUUCAGCAAACCGGGCUGACUAGACUCCAGGUGGAAAACUGGUUCUGCUAUGCGAGGAGGAAGGGCUACAUGGGUCGUGCGGGUGAUUUUGAGCAGUCGGAUUCAUUUCCAGCUGAAGAGUGA